AUGAAACUCUCCCUAUUUGUGGCUGUUCUCUCUGGGGCAGUUUCAGCUCUUCAUCUGGGACAAGGAGCGAACUGUCCAUGGUUCUGGAGAGGAGCAGGAAAAGAUGUGCGGGGGUGCUGUUGGACUUUCUCUCUGCCAGGGACUGAAACGUCCAACUUUGAGAGCCCCUUGGGAGAUGAGAUUCUGCCUUACGAUGGGGAGAUGCCAGAACACGGGACAAUGGAGGCUCCUAUGGAGGGACUGACCUUGCUGGAGGAAGAGGAGGAGCGAGGCUCUGGAGGUGAGGAUGCCCCUGAGGAAGAGGGGGCUGUCAAAUCAGUCUCAGUCCUAGAAGAGGUGGACAAACACUUUCAGUGUCCUAAGGAAGAGGAUACAGUCAAACAGGUGGGCAUCCCUGGAAGCAAGACCUGCCGCUUUGUUGUGGUGGCGAGAGCCAAGAUGUUUAGUCAAGCUCAGUAUACUUCGCAGAGGUGCUACAGGGGCAAACUCGUCUCCAUCCAUAACCUCAUCUUUCCCUACCACAUCCAGUGCUCAGCCAGAAGUGCCAGCCAGGGUCAAGUCUGGAUUUGAGGCAUGAGCACAGUCUUGGGCAGCUGCCAGCGCUUUUACUGGGUUGAUGGCAGCGCCUGGAAGAUUUGGUACUGGGCUCUCAGCCAGCCCCUGGCCUCUGGUGGCUUCUGUGUGUCCAUGUGGAACCGAGAAGGUGGCUGGAGAGUACCUCAUUGCAAGGCGUUCAUUCUGUGUGUCUGUUCCUACUUAGCAGGACCCAGUCCGGAGUUCAGAACCGCCCCCUCCUUGGGCCCUGCCUCCCAUCCCAUGCCUGCUGCCCCUUCCUCCAC